AUGACAGUCAGAGAAAUUGAGAGCUAAGAGUUGUAAGAAGAAGCAAUCACUUGAAACAAGCAAACUAAAUUUCUAGAAAGCAACCAGCAGGCUGCAAUCGAAUCGCAGUGAUUAGCGACAGAAGUCGAAGACGACGACGACGCCAGCAAGCAGCGCCAAGCAGGCAAACAAACAUAAAGCAAAAGAAAAGAAGAAAAUAAAAAUAUGAUUAAACUUUUCUCGCUGAAGCAACAAAAAAAGGAUGGCGAUCAAACGGCACGCGGCCAGCAAAAAAAAGCCUCCGCCGCCCAGCUGCGCAUACAGAAAGAUAUUAAUGAACUGAACCUGCCAAAAACUUGUGCAACGGAGUUUCCCGAUAGCGAUGACUUGCUCAAUUUCAAAUUGAUCAUUUCACCAGAUGAGGGCUUCUACAGAGAUGGUCGCUUCGUAUUCAAUUUUCGCGUCGGCUCCAAUUAUCCGCAUGAGCCGCCGAAGGUCAAAUGCGCGACGCAAGUUUAUCACCCCAACAUCGAUCUGGAGGGCAAUGUGUGCUUAAACAUAUUGCGCGAGGACUGGAAUCCAGUGCUGACCAUAAAUUCCAUUGUCUAUGGCUUGCAGUUUCUCUUCCUGGAACCCAAUCCCGAGGAUCCGCUCAACAAGGAGGCAGCCGAUGUGCUGCAGAGCAACAAGCGCCAAUUUGAACACAAUGUGAAGCGUGCAAUGCGCGGCGGUUGCGUUGGGGAGACCUAUUUUGAAUGCUGUCUCAAGUGAUAUAGGAAAUCAAAAGUCUUUAAUUUAAGUAACGGCCUCUGCUUGCUGCCUGCUGCCGCUGCCUGAGAUCCAAUCGGAAUCAUGCCAACAACAAUCCCAACAGCGGACGCGCUUUUAUUAGUAGUUAUACACAACAACAACAACAGCUUGCAACACGCUAACGGUUGCAGUUAGCAGCAGGCAGAUUUGGCCGCAUCAGCAAACAACAAAUUACAGUAAUAAAAACAAACACUGCGAACCUAAAAAAAAACAACAACAAAACAGAAAACCGAGUCGAGUCAACAAUUUUUUAGUCCAAAAACCAUUUGCAGUAGCAUGCAUUAAAUAUAAUAUAUAUACAUACACACACAUAUAUAUAUAUAUAUGUAUAUUUA